GAGCAUCUUCAAUACAGAUUAAGUGAUUACUGAAAACUAUUUUACUAUGUCCAAGAAGGUAAUAUGUUUGUUCGAUGUUGAUGGCACGCUUACUGAUCCUAGACAGCCAAUUAAGCCAAAUGUGGAAAAAUUUCUAGUAGAAAAGGUUCGUAAGGAAUUCGAUAUAGCUGUAGUUGGAGGAUCAGAUUUAGUCAAGCUGAAAGAGCAGUUGGGUGGUGGAAGUAUAUUUCAAAAGUAUAAGUAUGUGUUCGCAGAAAAUGGACUUAUCGCAUUUAAAGAUGGCAAACAAUUACCAACCGAGACGAUUCAAAGUGUUAUUGGUGAAGAUGCACUACAAGACUUAAUAAACUUUUGCCUGAAGUAUAUAUCCGAAUUGCAUUUGCCAUUUAAGAGAGGAACUUUUAUAGAAUUCAGAUCGGGAAUGUUAAAUGUAUCACCGGUUGGUCGUAAUUGUUCUACAGAAGAACGUAUUCAGUUUUAUGAAUACGACAUUGAAAAUCAAAUUCGUCAGAAAUUUAUUCACGCUCUUAAGAAGGAAUUCCCCAACUUGGCUUUAACAUACAGCAUUGGAGGUCAGAUAUCGUUUGAUGUAUUUCCUAUUGGUUGGGAUAAAACAUAUUGUCUUAGACACAUUCAGGGAUACGAUGAAAUACAUUUCUUUGGUGACAAGACAGCAGAAGGUGGCAAUGAUCAUGAAAUUUAUGAGAGUGACUUAACUGUCGGACAUCGUGUCACAUGCUCCGAAGAUACUGUCAAUCAACUCAAUGUUCUCAUGGCGUUGAUUAAAGAAAACAAAGAGAAAGAACAAUUCACUGUACCUAUGCAAUGUGCGUAAUACGUCGAAUGUUUAUCAUGUAAAGCGUUUUACUUAAAAAAAUAUAAGAAACCUUCACACGAUAGGAUAUCCUAUUUUUGAUGUUGU